UCAAUCGCAGUGUGGUGGUUCAAUGACUUACACAACCUCCGGACAUCUGCUCAUUGGCGCCAACAGGAAUAGGAGCGGACAUUUCCGAGGAAGCGUCAGAUGUUUCGUGGUGUUCCUAGGCCAAUUCAGUGGUAAUGCUACCAAGCUCAAAGACAUCUGCGAGAAAAACGUGUCCUAUCCAAAAGCUUCUGAUAUUAACAAGGAGAGCUGUGUUUCCGAUGCGCGGAAGAAUACCUUUACAUUGAAGGCGUCCUCCGCAGCCCCUGCAGUCGGACUAAACUCUGUGUUGAAGGUCAAAGUCACGACCAAGAUCCAGUGUGCAAAGCUUUGCUUGGAGACAUUAAACUGUCGAUCGUUUACCACCAAGGAGCAUUCCGGAAGUGUCGUCUGCGGGUUGUACGAUUUUGAGACGGGAGAGUCAGGUUUAACCGCUGACAAUAGAUCCAAGUAUUUCGCACUUACGUAGGAAUGACGCGAACACUGGCGUAGGAAGCGAGGGGAGGGGGGCAAGGGGGCAUAUGCCCCCCAUUUUUCACAUAUUUUGCU